GUUAACACUAUCAUGUUCUCACUGGCAGGUUGGAACCGCAUUGUUCACUGCAAGUCCAGACCCAAAGCCAACCUGGAUCUGUACCUCAUUUCUCAUCAUUAUCAGAAGGAUGUCAAUGGAUAAGGUGGAACAACGUAAUAUUGUUGUCAUCGGCGGUGGAAUCAUUGGGUGCAGCACUGCUUAUUACUUGUCCAGGCACCCAUCAUAUUCCACCUCGACAACGAAUAUUAUAGUUCUCGAAGCCUCCGCAAAUGGCGUUGCGCAAGGAGCUUCCGGAAAGGCUGGUGGAUUGAUUGCUAAAUGGGCAUAUCCACGUGAAAUCGUAGAUAUCUCAUUUCCCGAGCACGUUAAGCUCGCUGAAGAGCAUAACGGUGCUGAAAGGUGGGGCUGGAGAUUCGUUGGUUGUGGUAGUUGGGAAGGGGAGGGGGAGGGGGAGGGGGAGGCACUUGGCGAGAGUAGAUCUGGUAGUUUAGAGAAGACGCUUGGUUUUGGAGCUACUGCGGCACCGGAAAAUAGAGCGGACAAAGGGCUGCCUGAUGACUUGACUUGGGUCAAGGAGGAAUUAACCACAUCGUACAGCCCAAUGUCUGGUCCAGACGGAACAGCACAGGUUCACCCAUAUUUAUUCACCACAAGUAUGCUUGACCUCGCGAAGGAGAAAGGAGUCCAAUUGGUCAAGGGAACUGCCAUCUCCCUUGAGCAGGUCGACCAUCAUGUCACGGGCGUUACUUAUCGUGAUUGGUCCGACUCCGGUUGCAUUAAAACUCUCCCUGCAACGCAUGUAGUGUUAUCGGCUGGAGCAUGGUCGCCAUCCAUCAUACCGUCCCUUCCGAUUGCAGCCACCCGUGCUCACAGUGUUACCAUCCGUCCCAAGGCUGGUGUCACGAUAUCCCCCUACGUGUUAUUCACAGAAAUAUUACUUCCGCAUUCUCUCAGCGCCUCUCCCGAAAUAUAUGCGCGCCCAGACAACGAAGUGUAUGUCUGUGGUCCAGGAGAUGACUCAAUAUUGCCUGGCAACGUAGAUGACGUUGAAAUCGAUCUAGCGGCCUGUCAAAGCAUAAUAAACCAAGUUGCUAGCAUCUCCCAGGAGCUGAGAGAGGGAGCAGUCGAUAAACGCCAAGCGUGCUUUUUACCAGUGGUACGUACCGGUGGGGGGCCCAUCAUCGGGGAAGCAGACAAGAUUGCCAAAGGUUUAUAUAUUGCAACCGGUCAUACAUGCUGGGGCAUUUGCAAUGCGCCCGGGACAGCCAAAGUAAUCGCAGAACUUAUCAUGGGGAGAAGAAAGGCUCGCUCAGGCAAUUUGACGAAAUUGGCACCGUCGAGGUUCUUGUAAUGAAAUUCCGAAGAUUUUACGAUGCGGUCCAAGCCACCAACUAUUCGGAACCAUAGGGAGUAGAUUCAAAAUCAUAUGCCAUGUGUGCGCUUGCGCAAUUUGACGAAAUAGGCACCCUCGACAGGAAUCCCGAGGAUUUUACAACGCGCUACAAGCAACCAAGGCGAUGUCUACUAUUCGGAACCAAACCGAGUGUAGCGUCCAGAUCAGUGUACUAUUCUCACCAUGAAGAAUUCGUCUGGACUCUGGACCUAAUACUAAGCAGGAGUUCAACAUUGUGGGUGGGGCACCGUCAAAG